AUGGCAGCUAAGUUCAUUAUCCUAUCCCUGCUGGUGGCAUCAGCGUACGGCAGCGGAGGCUACUCGAGCUUCUCGUACGGCGUGUCCGACCCCAUCACCGGCGAUGUCAAGGACCAGCACGAGAAACGCGUCGGAGACAGCGUCGUCGGCAAAUACUCACUCCUCGAAUCCGAUGGAACAAAAAGGAUUGUGGAAUACGCUGCAAACGCAGCUACUGGAUUCAAUGCCGUCGUUCGCAAAGAGCCUGCCAUUGGUGUUCAUCCGUCUGGACUUCAUGCACCGUUAGCCGGAGCUGCUUUACAUGGAUCUUUGGCUCAUGGACCAGUACAUGCUGCACCUAUUGCUCCCUUGGCUGGAGCCCUUCCCGGAGCCAUCGCCCACCAGGCAGCCAUUGCCCAGCAGGCUACCCUUGCUCACAAGGCUGCCCUUGCCACUCAGGCUGCCCAUGCUCAACAAGCUGCCGUUGCCCACCAGGUUGCUCACGCCCAACAGGCUGCUCUAGCCCAACAGGUGGCUCAUGCUCAGCAUGCCGCCCACGCCCAGCAAGCUGCUGUUGCUCAACAAGCUGCCCAAGCUCAACAAGCGGCCCUAGCCGAACAGGUUGCCCACGCGCAGCAUGCUGCCGUAGCACAACAGGCUGCCGUUGCUCAGCAGGCUGCCAUUGCUCAGGAAGCGGCUCAUGCUCAGCAAGCCGCCAUUGCUCACCAAGCUGCCCACGCCCAACAGGCUGCACUUGCCAAGCAGGCAGCCCAUGCCCAGCAGGCUGCACUUGCCAAGCAGGCUGCUCUGGCCCAACAAGCUGCCCUUACCCACUCUAGUGCUCUAGCCCACCAAGGCGCCCUAGGCCAUUCUGGUGCUCUUGGACAUCUGUCGCAUGGUGCUCUUGCUCUUCCCAGUUCUCUCGGCCACGCUGGUGCGCUUGCUGGAAUCAACCGUCUUCCCUCUAGUUAUGCUGGAGCAUACGGAACUCCUCUGGCUGGCCAUCUUGGUAACAGUGGAGCUCCUGCCACUCACUUUUCCAGCGCUAUUGUACACAACGCUGCUCGUCCCUACCCUGGUCCCUAUGCUGGAGCCUACAACGGUGCCUAUGGUGGAUACGGAGCUACUUUGGCCCAUGGAUCCGUCAGCCCUCUUGCACAUGGCCUUGCCAGCAGUUACUCGAACUCUGUAUCUCACCCAGCUUCUCCGGGCGUUCAUGCGGCCCAGACUCUUGGAUCUGGAUGGGCUUGGUAAUAAAUGACUGCUGCAAAUCUGUGAUAUAAACGACUAAUAAUAAAAUUGUAAAUGCGA